GUGCCUUGAGAUCAGAGGCGUCCCUGCUCACUUCCUUCUCCUGCAGCCCAGCUUCUCUGCCCUCUGCUCCCCUCCCCUCCCCCCAGGAUGAAGCCUUCCCCUACUCUGACCUUACUUUGCCUCCUGGUGGCCCUGGCUGGUGGGAACCUGGUCCAGUUCGGGGUGAUGAUUGAGAGGAUGACGGGGAAGCCUGCACUGCAAUACAAUGACUAUGGCUGCUACUGCGGAGUUGGCGGCUCCCACUGGCCGGUGGACCAGACAGACUGGUGCUGCCAUGCCCAUGACUGCUGCUACGGGCGUCUGGAGAAGCUGGGAUGUGAACCCAAACUGGAAAAGUAUCUUUUCUCUGUCAGUAGGCACAAAAUCCUCUGUGACACCCCAGAGUACCCAGGGAAGUUCAGCCGUAAGGAUGCCCGGGCCAGGUCAGGCUCCUGAUACAGGGAGGGGAAGAGGAAAGAUGUCAGCAUCCAGCAUCCUGGGGCCAACUCUGGAGCCAGUUUAAUGCACCAAAGGAUUCCCAUCAAAUGGAAUGCAGCCUCCCCUAGAAGCAGUGUAUUUCAGCAGAUUCUCCUUCUAAAUAUAGAUAUAAUAUCUCCAGUAUCCGUACUAUGCUGAUAAAAAUCUUCCAGGAUUGGGAUGAGCCUAUUCAAUGAGAUAAAGCGUGUAAAAAAGCAUCACAAAGGUGAAGUUCACAGCAGACGGGUAAUAAAUGUCCACUCCUUUUGUCCUUUUCAUGGUGUGUGUACAACAUUCAGGACUUUGAGGGCAGGAAAGAGCCUGAGGCAGUCAAAAGGAUGAUCAUCAUAAACUUUAAACGGUGAAUUUCUGUGUUAGGGAAAAAAAACAAAAACAAAAAACAGGAGAGAACAGAUGUUCAUGCUUGGCUGCUGUGACUGACAAACCCUCCGUGAAGAGGCACCGGGAGACCAGUUCUUAAAGCAUGUGCGGGUCUGCAGGGAAGAGGGUGUUUGUUGGGAACAGUAGUCCUGAGGCGCCCUCUGGUGUCUAUUUUGUUCAGCUACAAGGAGGAAACAAAUCUGGCUUAAACCUGGAUUUCCCUUCAUGGGGGACAAAGUGUGUUUCUGGGCUAGUGAAAUCUGUCCCCUCCCAUUUUCAGUAACAAAUAUGCUGAGAAAUAAUCAAUAAGUCCUUACAAACAUCUUAGAGUGAUGGUGCCACUACACUGAUAAGAAAUACAGGAAGAAGUAACUGACUUGGGAGAGAUGGGGAGAGGCUAUGUUCUGGGCGUGAUGGAUUUAAGGCAGCGAUGGACUGAGUACCCGGCGAUGUUACAGCUGUUUAACCACCUGACAGGGUGAAAAUCAGAACUUUAAGAUCAAGCCCUGGUGCAGUCUGUUUUCCCAGGCAUCAAUAAAUGUUGGGUGAAUGAA